AUCCAUGGCCAAGAAUUGGUUAAUUUACCAAAUCAUCCUAAUAUUUUACCUACAAAGACGAAAAGAGCCGUUUUAAAGAGUCUUUCCCUUCCAAGUCGUCUCCUCCUUCACUACUGAUCUCUCAGUCUCACUCUCUCCAAUAAAAUUAAAACUCCAUUACAAUAAAAAAUUCUCCUUAAUUUAAAUUUAUGCAUCAAAUGUUGGAUAAUUAAACGAACAUAGUAAUCUCUUUUAAUUAUCCCAUGGAGACCCGAUUUAGAUCCGGUUUUUAUGUUUUAAUUAUUGCAAUUAGUGCGAUCUUCUGUGGAUUAUCUCAUUCUGUUAAUGGAGAGAUUCGAAAACCUAAAAACGUUCAGGUUGCUGUUAGAGCUAAGUGGGAGGGUACUCCUGUCUUAUUAGAAGCUAGUGAAUUACUAUCAAAAGAAAGGAGAGACCUGUAUUGGGAGUUCAUUGAGGUCUGGCUUCAAACAGAGAAGGAUGAACCUGCUUCUUAUACAGCUAAAGAUUGUCUGAGGAGAAUUAUUAAACAUGGACGUUCUCUUUUAAAUGAUCCACUUGCCUCACUGUUUGAGUUCUCUCUUAUUUUGAGAUCUGCAUCCCCAAGAUUGGUGCUUUAUCGACAACUAGCAGAGGAGUCUCUUUCUUCUUUUCCGUUUCUGGAUGAUAACAUUUCAGAUAUUGCUGGUGGAGAAAUAGCCGAAACAAGCCAUAGAAAUGAAAUUAAAAGGUCGGAUCCUUUGCUUGUUGGUGUCAAUCCAAAGAGCCCUGGAGGGAAAUGUUGCUGGGUGGAUACAGGUGGAUCGUUGUUCUUUGAUGUUGCAGAGUUGCUGCUGUGGAUAAACAAUCCUGAUAAACUUGCAGGAGAUCCGUUUCAGCAGCCUGAAUUAUUUGAUUUUGAUCAUGUCCAUUUUGAUUCUCAAACAAGAAGUCCAGCUGCUAUCUUGUAUGGAGCUCUUGGAACUGAAUGUUUCAAGGAAUUCCAUGUCACAUUGGCUCAAGCUGCCAAAGAGGGAAAGGUAAUAUAUGUAGUCAGACCUGUUUUACCUUAUGGCUGUGAAGCAAAAGCUGGCCACUGUGGUGCUAUUGGUGCCAAAGACUUCUUAAAUUUGGGUGGUUAUGGCGUGGAACUUGCAUUGAAGAAUAUGGAAUAUAAAGCCAUGGAUGACACUGCCAUUAAGAAAGGUGUCACUCUUGAAGAUCCACGAACUGAAGAUCUUACCCAAGAAGUUAGAGGAUUUAUAUUUUCCAAAAUGCUGGAACGUAAACCUGAGCUUACAUCUGAGAUUAUGGCUUUCCGAGACUAUCUACUUUCAUCGACAAUAUCUGAUACACUUGAUGUUUGGGAGCUAAAGGAUUUAGGGCAUCAAACUGCACAGAGAAUAGUUCAUGCCUCCGAUCCUCUACAGUCAAUGCAGGAAAUCAACCAAAAUUUUCCUAGUAUUGUUUCUUCUUUGUCUCGCAUGAAGCUUAAUGAUGCAGUUAAGGAAGAAAUAACAGCAAACCAGCGAAUGAUCCCUCCUGGCAAGUCCUUAAUGGCUCUGAAUGGCGCUUUAAUCAAUGUUGAGGAUAUUGACCUUUAUCUGUUGGUAGACAUGGUCCAGCAGGAGUUGCUAUUGGCUGAUCAAUUUUCCAAAUUCAAGAUUCCUCACAAUGCAAUUCGGAAACUCUUAUCAACAAUGUCUCCUCCUGAGUUAAAUAUGUUCCGUGUUGAUUUUAGAUCAACUCAUGUUCAUUAUCUCAAUAACUUAGAGGAGGAUGCUAUGUAUAAACGGUGGCGUAGCAAUAUAAAUGAGAUCUUAAUGCCUGUCUUCCCUGGACAACUACGCUACAUCCGAAAGAACUUGUUCCAUGCAGUUUAUGUGCUGGAUCCAGCAACCAGUUGCGGUCUUGAGUCCAUUGAUACAAUCAUGUCCUUGUAUGAGAACAAUUAUCCAGUGAGAUUUGGCUUGAUGCUAUAUUCUUCAAAGUUUGUUAAGAAAAUCGAAGCAAGUGGUGGCGAUCUCCAAUCAUUACCCAUGGAAAAUGAUGGUCAAAUCGAGGAGGAUAUGUCCAGCCUGAUGAUCCGUCUUUUCAUUUAUAUCAAGGAAAACUACGGAAUCGAAACAGCUUUUCAGUUUUUAAGUAAUGUAAAUAAGUUACGUGUGGAGUCAGCAGAAUCUGCAGAUGAGGCUCUAGAGAUGCACAAUGUUGAGGGUGCAUUCGUUGAAACAAUUUUACCAAAGGUGAAGUCUCCACCUCAGGAUAUUUUGCUAAAGCUGGAAAAGGAUCAGGCAUUUAAGGAGUUGGUGCAACAAAGCUCCAUGUCUGUUUUUAAGCUGGGUUUGUACAAGUUGCAGUGUUGCCUCUUGAUGAAUGGUCUUGUCUUCGAGUCUAGAGAGGAGGCUCUAACAAAUGCAAUGAAUGAGGAGCUUCCAAGAAUUCAAGAACAAGUUUAUUAUGGACACAUAAAUUCUCAUACUGAUGUCUUGGACAAAUUUCUGUCAGAAAGCAGUGUUAGCCGCUAUAAUCCACUGAUCAUUUCUGAGGGGAAGGUGAAACCCAGGUUUAUUUCCCUGAGUUCAUCAGUUCUUGAUGCGGAAUCAGUAUUUCAUGAUAUUAGCUACCUACAUUCUUCUGAAACUGUAGAUGAUAUUAAGCCUGUAACUCAGCUUCUUGUUGUCGACAUCAAAUCAUUGAGAGGAAUAAAGCUGCUUCAUGAAGGAAUCCUCUAUCUGAUUCGAGGGUCUAAGGUUGCUCGUUUGGGAGUUUUAUUUUCCGGUAACGGAGAUGCUAAUUUACCCAGUCUCCUUUUUGCGAAGGUUUUUGAAAUUACGGCAUCAUCUUAUAGUCAUAAGAAAAAUGUCCUACAGUUUUUGGAACACCUGUGCUCAUUUUAUGAGCAAAGUUACAUCAUUGCAACUUCUAUAGCAGAUGAAAGUGGUCAAGCAUUUAUAGAAAAGGUUUAUGAGCUGGCUGAUGCGAAUGAGUUACCUCUGAAGAUGUAUAAAUCUGCUCUUGCUGAUUUUUCAAUUGAUGUAAUGAAAAAACAUUUGGAUAAGGUCACACAUCUGUUGUACAGGCAACUAGGGCUUGAGGCCGGUGUUAAUGCAGUUGUUACCAAUGGAAGGGUGACUGUUGUGAAUGAUGAAGUGACAUUUUUGAGCCAUGAUCUAAAUCUGCUGGAAUUUGUGGAAUAUAAGCAAAGAAUAAAGCACAUAGUGCAAAUUAUUGAAGAAGUGCAGUGGCAGGACAUAGACCCCGACAUGCUUACAAGCAAAUUUGUCAGCGACAGUGUUAUGACUGUCUCCUCUGCAAUGGCAUUGCGGGAUCGAAGUUCUGAAAGUGCUCGAUUUGAGAUUUUGAAUGCAGAAUAUAGUGCUGUUAUAUUAGAAAAUGAGAAUUCUAGUGUCCACAUUGAUGCUGUAAUUGAUCCAUUAAGCCCAGUUGGUCAAAAGGUGGCUUCACUGCUUAAAGUUCUAAGGCAGUACAUUCAACCAAGCAUGAGAAUUGUACUUAACCCCAUGAGUUCUCUUGUUGAUCUCCCAUUGAAGAAUUUCUACAGAUAUGUAGUCCCAACAGUGGAUGAUUUCAGCAGUAUUGACCAGACAAUAAGUGGGCCUAAAGCAUUUUUUGCAAAUAUGCCACUAUCAAAGACUCUUACCAUGAAUCUUGAUGUUCCUGAACCAUGGCUUGUUGAGCCUGUUGUUGCUGUACAUGACUUGGACAAUAUUUUGCUUGAGAACAUGGGUGAUGAGAGGACGUUGCAUGGAGUUUUUGAACUUGAAGCUCUUGUGCUUACAGGACAUUGUUCUGAGAAAGAUCAAGAUCCUCCGCGAGGUCUUCAGCUGAUCCUUGGAACUAAGAGCACACCGCAUUUAGUUGAUACCAUUGUGAUGGCCAACUUGGGUUACUGGCAAAUGAAAGUCUCCCCUGGUGUAUGGUACCUCCAACUGGCUCCAGGUCGAAGCUCCGAGCUUUAUGUUCUGAAGCAGGAUGGUGCAGAAAAUCAUAAUCGUCUAUCCAAACGUAUCACUAUAGAUGAUUUACGAGGAAAAGUGGUUCAUCUGGAAGCGGCAAAGAAAAAGGGCAUGGAGCAUGAAAAAUUGCUGGUUUCUAGUGAUGAUGAUAACCAUGUGCCUAUGAAUAAAAAAGGAACUCAUGGCAGCUGGAACACUAACCUUUUGAGAUGGGCUUCAACUUUUAUUGGUGGUAAUGGACCCGCCAGGAAGGAUGAGAACACUUUAAUGGAGCAUGCAAAGGGUGGGCGUCGAGGAAAGCCAAUUAAUAUUUUUUCUAUUGCUUCUGGUCAUCUAUAUGAACGUUUCCUUAAAAUAAUGAUUUUAAGUGUCUUGAAGAACACCAAUCGUCCAGUGAAAUUUUGGUUCAUAAAGAAUUAUCUCUCCCCUCAGUUUAAGGAUGUGAUUCCACAUAUGGCACAAGAGUAUGGUUUUGAAUAUGAACUGAUCACCUACAAAUGGCCUUCCUGGUUGCAUAAGCAGAAAGAGAAGCAAAGAAUUAUUUGGGCAUAUAAGAUUUUAUUCCUUGAUGUUAUCUUUCCACUUUCUUUGGAGAAGGUUAUAUUUGUUGAUGCUGAUCAGGUUGUUCGAACAGAUAUGGGGGAGCUUUAUGACAUGGACAUAAAAGGAAGACCUCUUGCAUAUACACCAUUCUGUGACAACAACAAGGAUAUGGAUGGAUAUCGAUUUUGGAGACAAGGAUUCUGGAGAGAACAUUUACGAGGAAGACCAUACCAUAUUAGUGCUUUAUAUGUUGUUGAUUUGGUGAAAUUCCGGGACACUGCAGCUGGAGAUAAUCUAAGGGUUUUUUAUGAAACUCUUAGCAAGGACCCUAAUAGUCUAGCCAAUUUGGAUCAGGAUCUUCCAAACUAUGCUCAGCAUACAGUUCCCAUCUUUUCACUUCCUCGAGAAUGGCUAUGGUGCGAAUCAUGGUGUGGUAAUGCCACAAAAUCCAAGGCAAAAACCAUUGAUCUCUGUAAUAAUCCUAUGACUAAGGAACCCAAGCUUCAGGGUGCAAGAAGAAUUGUUUCUGAAUGGGUGGAUCUUGACUCUGAAGCAAGACAGUUCACUGCAAGAUACUUAGGUGAAGAAGUGGAUUCUCAAGAGUCUAUUGUAUCUGCCAAGGAACCGCAGAAUCCUGCAGCCAGCAGCUCCUCAGAGGAGGAAGACCCAGAGUUCAAAUCAGAAUUGUGAAAUCAUAAAAUUCUAUAAUUUUGUUCAGGCGAACAUUCUUUUAAUGGGAGGUUAGACUGAUCCGAUGCAUUUUCCCAUACAAUUUUACCGUAUCAACCGGGAAAGCAUUCGGCAACUAGGAACCUCGGUUCCAUAUUUUCCUGCAACACCGGCAAAUAUGGCUCCGUUUUUGCUGUAGAAAUCUGUCACAUGUACUAGGACUGUACAACACAAUUUAUCGAGAACUUGUAGAACAAGUAAAUGCCAGCAUUCUGGUUCAAUGAAAAUGCGAGUAGGUCGGAAGGUGCAUUUUUCAAUGCCAAGUCAUUUUAAGAACAGAUGUAGCUAAUUUCUGGAUACUGGAGCAUUUUUCUGUAUAAUUUUUGACGCUGUCGGAGAAGUAAUAAGAGCCUUAAUACUGAUAAACUUGUUUA